CCCCAGUCCGCUUCCUCCUCCCAGGGGCAGUCCCGCCCAGCCCUCCGGGUCCGCGCUCCGCGGCAGCCCCCUGCCGCCGCGCCAUGUCUGCCGGCUGGUUCCGGCGCCGCUUCCUGACUGGGGGUCCACUUCCCGCGCCGCGGCCGCCGGGGCCGCGUGCCAGCCCCGUACCCUACCGGCGGCCCCGCUUCCUGCGUGGCUCUGGCUCCAGUCCAGGAGCCGCCGACGCCUCGCGCCGCUCGGACGCCCGGCCAGUGCGCAGCCCAGCGCGUGGCCGCACACUGCCCUGGAACGCAGGCUACGCCGAGAUCAUCAAUGCAGAGAAAUCUGAGUUCAAUGAGGAUCAAGCUGCCUGUGGGAAACUGUGCAUCCGAAGAUAUGAGUUUGGAUCUGAAGAGGAUAGGGAAUGGUUGACUCUGUGCCCAGAAGAGUUCCUGAUGGGUCAUUACUGGGCACUGUUUGAUGGGCACGGUGGUCCAGCAGCAGCCAUUCUGGCUGCCAACACUCUGCACUCCUGCCUGCGCCGGCAGUUGGAGGCCGUGGUAGAAGGCAUGGUGGCUGCUCAGCCCCCCAUGCACCUCAGUGGCCGCUGUGUCUGUCCCAGUGACCCCCAGUUUGUGGAAGAAAAGGGUAUCAAGGCAGAAGAUCUGGUGAUUGGGGCCCUGGAGGGUGCCUUCCAGGAAUGUGAUGAGGUGAUCGGGCGGGAGCUGGAGGCCUCAGGCCAGGUGGGCGGCUGCACAGCUCUGGUGGCUGUGUCCCUGCAGGGAAAGCUGUAUGUGGCCAAUGCUGGGGAUAGCAGGGCUAUCUUGGUGCGGAGAGAUGAGAUACGGCCGCUGAGCUCUGAGUUCACUCCAGAGACUGAGCGGCAGCGAAUUCAGCAGCUGGCCUUUGUCUACCCUGAGCUUCUGGCUGAUGAGUUCACCCGACUAGAAUUCCCUAGGCGGCUGAAGGGGGAUGACUUGGGGCAGAAGGUUUUGUUCAGGGACCACCACAUGAGCGGCUGGAGUUACAAAUGUGUGGAGAAAUCAGAUCUGAAGUACCCACUGAUCCAUGGACAUGGCAGGCAGGCUCGGUUACUGGGAACACUGGCCGUCUCCAGGGGACUGGGAGACCAUCAGCUUAGAGUCCUGGACACAAACAUCCAGCUUAAGCCCUUCUUGCUCUCUGUCCCACAGGUGACAGUGCUAGAUAUGGACCAGUUGGAUUUGCAGGAGGAGGAUGUAGUUGUCAUGGCAACUGAUGGGCUCUGGGAUGUUCUGUCCAAUGAGCAAGUGGCAUGGCUGGUACGGAGCUUCCUUCCUGGGAACCGAGAAGAUCCACACAGGUUCUCGGAGUUGGCCCAAAUGCUGAUACACAGCACACAGGGGAAGGAUGACCAUCUCACAGGGGAAGGGCAGGUGUCCUACGAUGACGUCUCUGUGUUCGUGAUUCCCUUGAACAGCCAGAGCCAAGGGGGCAGUGGCUACUGACAAUUCUGACACUGUGUCCAAGAACCACUCCAGAGUUAUUGCAGUAUGGACAUGCCUCCUCCACUAUGGCCAAGGGCCUGCCUAUUUGUCCUGUCCCCAGCCAGAGCCCAAUGUUCCUGCCUCCCACCCAGGUUCAUCUGUUUAAAGGGGAUUAUUUAUACCAGGCAGUAAGAGCUGGAAGGGUACAGAGAGCCCAUCCCACCAGGUCCUGCCUGCCUUUUGCAACAAUCACAUCACUCUGGCAGAGGAAUAUGAUUUCCUACAACUUAGGAAACCCUUGUGAGGCUCCUCAGACAGGAUCCUCAAUAGCCCAAGAAUUAUUCUCACUUUAAGAGACACCCAUGUCAAGAAUAUUAGUCAAAUGCCACAAGGGGUAGGAGCGUGUGUUGGAUCCAAGUUUCCCAAUCCACAAAUGUCAGGGCAUUCAUUUAACAAUCCCCAAAGUUCAUGCAUGGUACCCAGUAGAAAACCUUGGGCCCAUCUUAAAGAUAGCGCUGGAGGAGACACCAGCUUAAGUCCUGCCCUGCUCUCUACUUUUGGAGGGCAUGGGCCCUACAGCUAAAGUUGGGGGAAGAGCAAAAAGGGGCAAGAGGAGCUCCCAGAGUUGGCUGAGCAGGGAGUGCUUAUCACUACCUCUGGCCUGGCCUCCUAACUGGCUGCUUCCUUCUGGCCCCAGGCCUGCCCUAGUCUCACCCCCAAUGCCUUUGCUUUGUUCCUUAUCACCUUCCUAUUAUUAAAUGUUCCUUUGCAGAAGAGUCUGUGUGAAUUGUGAACUGCUUGUACAGCUUGGAUUAUGGGCACCUUCCAGUGGAUUAGUUUUAGCUCCACCAUACAAGCUUGCAUAUGAUUAGAACUGUUCUCUUUGCAGCCUCCCUAGUUCUUAUCUGAGUGAGCCCCCACCCCUGACUGUUGUCCAAGAAAUAGAAAGGAGGCCUUUACUUCCACUGUCAACUCAGUUUCAUGUACCAUAAGGGCUGCUUUUUCACUUGAUUUUGAAUGCAUACGCCUAUUAACCUAGAUUUAGUUAGAAACAUGUUAAGAUCCCUGGGCUUGAUGAACAGCUUCAACUUCUCCUCAAGGCCGUUGGCAUCUAUAACUUACUCAGAUAGUGUUUGAAGGACAAGGCAAACCACCUUCAUGACUUCAGCUUUACCUGAGUUCCUGGAUUCACUCCUACAACUAAGGUGAAUUUUGCCAGUCAAGUCUUCAACUGCAGCAGAAGAUUCAAUAAAACACAUGUUAAAACUUGUGCAGUUAAC